UAAUACAAUUCAAAGCUUAAAGGACAAGGCAUCAAUUGAUCACCAAUUUAGACAACAUAUUUGAUUCUUGUAGAAGUAAAUUCUGCAGUCUGAAUUAUUGAAGAUUUGGUAAAUUUGCAUUGAUACUCUCUUUCAAGCAAAGCAUUGAAAAUGCAAGCAUUAGUUUGAGAGAGUGUACAAACGCCUAAACAAAUUUCAAUUUUAUUCUUCCAGUUUCUUGGAGGUUUCCCUUUAAAUCUUUUUGAUAUCUUCAAAUUUCCAGAUCUAAUUGACGUAGGUAUAAGUGCUGUCGGCUAACAGACUAAACUGUCAAUAAUUAGAAAUUCAGCUGAUUCUCCCCCUCCUAGCCAGCCGUGCCAGCCGUGCCAGCCUGGCAGAUGGUUCAACGUUUGAUUGAUCAUAAAUCAAAAUUUGUUUAAUCUUACACAAACUAAAAUAUAGGCUAAUUUCAAUGAAAGAAAACUGUCACAUGACAAAAGAAAGAUGUCAUAUAACAAAGUUUGACACAUGCUGAGAGAACAAUGUGUAAGCUAUUAACAAGUUUUGUUAUAUUGUAAAUUUGGAAAAUAUUCAACAAAAUUUGAGUAAUGAAAGAAGAAAUUUAAAAAAUGAAAGAAGAGCUUUGAUGCCUGAUGCUAAAGAGCAAAAUUGCAUUUUUUAGAGUGAGGAAUUAUCAGAAUUAUAUUCCUUCUUCAAAUGAAAGAUAAAGAAGAAAGAUGGUAGCCUAAUGGUGCACAUUAUUCUUGAGGAUCUGUUUCGUUUUGGAAGCUGUGCAUUUUGCCACAUUCUAUGGAAACAAUUAAGAAACUUCCAAAGAUCUAUUCCUGCUGGAGACAAGACAGCCAUAUCAGAUGUUCUCAUCAUCAUCACCUACAAUCUAGAGUUGAUUCCCUGGAUUGGAACAAGCUUCUGGAUCAUCAGAGAUAUCUUUGGCGAGUUCAACUACUUCUUCACUUAUGUUGUUGUGGUAACCGCAAGAUUUAUGUUUAACUCCAGCAUGGGUUUAUGGAAUAUGGAUACCACAAUACGAUAUUUCUACCUCUUAAACAUCCUUAUUAUACAGGAUAUUUCCGACGCAAGUAUGCUGAAAUUCGGAAAACUGGUUAUCUUGCUUCAUGUGCUGGGAUCAAUUUGCUUUGAUUUGAUCAUGGCUUGGCUAGAUGUUUUCCCCCUUAUGGCAAAGGGAGGGAUAGUUUAUGCAAUGGCAUCUGAGGAACUAUUCUAUUCUCUACCUGAAGUUCCCCGUACUCAAGCAUUAAGCCAAGGAACUUACAUCUUGUUCACCAUCAUCUACCAGAUAAGCGUGUAUCUUGUGAAACGGUACAAGUUCAGACAGGUGCUGAAAACUGAGGCUGCCUCCUCCAACCAACCUCGCCAGAAAACUACUGCAAUUAGUGCUCUAGCUAGCAUCCUGGUCAUGGGAGCUGGAUGCUUGUUUUUUGUAAAUCAUUUCUAUGUAAUUUACAACAGCAAAGAGGAGAACAAAUCUAUAGCAUCUACACAUCAUGACCUGGAACCUCUAGAGUCUUUCAAGAAUAUCACCAAUCUUGUUCUAAAUGAUCCAGUUUCUUGGAACAACGCAACUACAUCAUCCUCUACUCAGAAACUUGACUAUGCUACAACAUUCAGAAGAUGCAGACCUUGCACACUAAGAUAUGGUCUCUUUGUGUUUGCAUACCUUGUCCCUUGUGUUGCCUAUAUCUUCAACAAGAAAUUACGAGGAUAUGCAAUGCGUGUUCUACAAUCUCUGAUGAAUCAAAAUUGCAGACCAAGCAGGCGGGUAAUUCCCCAGGUUUCUCCUAAAAUACAUAAGGAGAUAGAGCCCCCAGCUGACAUAAGGGAAGUAGAAACUUCAUUUGCAUCCCAGAAGCCAGGUUCCAGUUUACAAAUAGAGGUUAAACUCCAUACAGCCUGUACAGACAUUCAGAUGGAGAACCAUGACGACUACGAUCUAAUCGAGACAGUUCCUGAUGAUACAACAAAUGAAUCUCCUAUGGAGAAGGCUGUUAUGGAGCAUGCUGAAAUGAGUAUUGAUAAAGAUAAUGAAAUUGUUUUUAAUCUCCCAGGAGAGAUUCUAAGAUAAUGAAUGUAUGAUACAAAAUAAAUGUAAUGAGGCCCAA